UUAUGCGCGGCAUCACUAGCGCGCUUCGUUUCGUACCUUAUCUUCUAAUGUUUUCGUUGUUCUACAAUAUGUGCCGUUCCAAAAUCAUCGUAGCUGUGAUUAAAAUUGUAUAAAAUGAUCGGUGUCAUCAUUUUGUCUCUGUGAAAAAUAAUUUCCAUUUUGUUUUAUCUCAAGUGUAUUAGUUUUCUAAAAUAUCGUGAGGGGGUGGUGCCGUGAUGCCAGUUCGUAAGCAAGAGGCCCAUCGAGCAUUAGAACUGCUGGAAGACUACCACAGCAAACUGGUGAAGCCGCAAGACCGACAACUUCGCCUUGCCAUCGAGAGAGUUAUUAGGAUAUUUAAAUCACGUCUGUUUCAAGCUUUACUUGAUAUUCAAGAGUUCUACGAGCUCACACUUCUCGAUGACACCAAGUCAGUUCAGCAAAAGACUGCGGAAACGAUACGUAUCGCGAACAAAUGGGAAGCUGACAACGUUCGACGCGAAAUUCCACACACAGAGGAGGGCGACUACCGUAGCGUAUCCAAUGCAUUCCUACAAGAGAACCACAGAAAAUCCGAAUCCCGAAAUGCUACGCCAGAUUCAACGAAGGCUUAUUGUGUCGUUCUACCGACUGGAGAAAUCGAGGAAAAAAAGGCUCACGUCACAUCACCAGAAAUGAAGCAGCCUUUGCAGGUAAAUGGCAUAGAAGGUGGUGGCACAGACCGUACGCAGGGUGAUGAUGGGUACAUGUACAUGACAGUGGUACUCUCGCGUGCGGGGGGAGCGGGGCUUGGCUUCAGCAUCGCAGGAGGGUCUGACAACCCUCAUGUGGCUGAUGACCCACACAUCUAUGUCACAAAACUCAUUCCCGGGGGAGCAGCUGCUGCCAGUCAGUUGCAGAUCAAUGAUGCAAUAUUACAGGUGAAUGACACGAACGUCGAUAAUGUUACGCACGCUGAAGCAGUGGAUGCAUUAAAAAAGGCUGGCAAUACUGUGAGACUGAAAAUACGACGUCGCGCGACAGAAGAUACUUCUAAUGUUUUACAAGUUACGAAGCCCGAGGAAUCCGUAGAGAUCGAGCUGGUGAAAGGUGGCUCAGGUCUCGGGUUCAGUAUAGCGGGGGGUCUCGGCAAUCAACAUAUCCCAGGCGACAAUGGAAUCUACGUGACCAAGAUAAUGGCCGGUGGUGCUGCUCAUAGAGACGGCCGUUUGAGGGUCGGUGAUAAACUGCUAAUGGUCAAGAAUACUUCGCACGGCGACGUGAACCUCGACAACGUGACGCACGAGGACGCGGUGGCGGCGCUGAAGGCCACCGGCGAGCGAGUGCUGCUGGUGCUGGUGCCGGGCCCGCGCCACGGACAGCCCUCGCCGCGCACCUCGCGCGCCAACACGCCCACGAGAAUGACAAUUGAAAAUACUGAAACAGCGUCAAGCACAGCGAAUUCGCUGCGACGUGAAGAUGUGACGGACAGCAACGAGGAGUCGAGGGUGGUGGACUUGGAGAAGGGUCCGCAGGGGUUAGGGUUCAACAUAGUGGGGGGAGAGGACGGACAUGGCAUUUAUGUAUCGUUCCUACUGGCGGGGGGCCCGGCCGAGCGGUCGGGACAGCUCCGCCGCGGCGACAGACUGCUCGCUGUCAAUGACGUAGACAUUACUCACGCUACGCACGAACAAGCCGCUAAAGCUUUGAAGAGUACAGGACAGAAUGUAAAACUAACAGUGGUGUACAGGCCUCAGGAGUACAACAAGUUUGAAGCGCGCAUUAAUGAACUGAAACAACAUCAUACACUACUGAGAACAUCCCAAAAACGAUCCCUCUAUGUUAGAGCAUUGUUCGACUACGAUCCGAUCAGGGACGACGGUUUGCCGUCGAGAGGUUUACCGUUCAGGUACGGCGACAUCUUACACGUGACCAACGCUUCCGACGACGAGUGGUGGCAAGCCAGGCGGCUAGACAAGUCAGAUUCAGACGCGAUCGGUAUCAUACCAUCGAAGCGACGGUGGGAGCGUAAGCAGAGAGCUCGAGAUCGUCAGGUCAAGUUCCAGGGACAAGGCACACCAGUUAGCACUAGCCAAUCAACGCUCGAAAGGAAAAAGAAAACGUUGUCGUUCAGCAGAAAGUUCCCAUUCAUGAAGAGUCGAGAGGACGGCAAAUCUGAAGACGGUUCAGACCAAGAACCUUUCAUGCUUUGUUACACGCAGGAGGACGCUAACGCGGACGGGGAAAUCUUGUACCGAGUGGAACUUCCCAUGAUGGAGGAGAUAACGCUCAUUUAUCUCGAGGACGAGAGUCAAGAUGAAACGGUGCUAUCGUAUGAGACCGUACAACAGUUGACCAUAAGUUACACGCGACCCGUCAUAAUCCUGGGCCCACUCAAAGACAGAAUAAACGACGAUCUUAUAUCUGAGUUCCCUGAGAAAUUCGGCAGCUGUGUGCCUCAUACGACCCGCCCUCGACGCGACUACGAGGUGGAUGGUCGAGACUACCACUUCGUAGCGAGCCGGGAGCAGAUGGAGCGCGACAUACAGAACCACUUGUUCAUCGAGGCCGGACAGUACAACGACAACCUGUACGGUACCUCAGUCGCAUCCGUCAGAGAAGUCGCUGAAAAGGGUAAACAUUGCAUUUUGGAUGUAAGCGGCAAUGCAAUCAAGCGAUUACAAGUGGCGCAGUUGUACCCUAUUGCCAUAUUUAUAAAACCAAAGAGCAUAGAGUCUAUAAUGGAAAUGAAUAAACGAAUGACUGAAGAGCAAGCGAAGAAGACAUACGAACGUGCGCUAAAGAUGGAACAAGAAUUCGCUGAAUAUUUCACUGCGGUAGUGACGGGCGACACGCCGGAGGAGAUCUACGCGAAGGUGAAGGCGGUGAUCACGGCGGAGAGCGGGCCCGCCGUCUGGGUGCCGCGUCGCGAGCCGCUGUGAGCCCCCCUCCCCCCACUAGUGCCUCGGUGCCUCGCCCCUCCCCCCCUACAAGGUGCGGCUCACACGUUUUGUACCAAGUCUCGCGACCCAGCAAUAAGCAGUAGUGACCCGCGCCACCCCGCCAUGUUAUACGUGCGCUAAGCGUACGAUUUUCGCGUCUUUUUAGUAUUACGAUCAGACUUCCUUCAAUCACCGCUUGAUAGAUAGACCAUAUCGGAGUUAAUUUAGCAUUAAAGAGAUUUCUAAAGUUAAUGUAAAUUGUCACCAUGUGGAUAAAUUGUUGACCAAGAACUCUCUAAUGAUAGCAUUCACUGUUGUUCACUGUACUUACGCUUAUGUUUAUCGUGCAAAUUAUUAACGAGAGCGUGUCGUCGAAUGCAAGUUUUAUAUCGAAUUAUUCUUUACUUAUUUGACAAUGCCCACUAAUUGUGCUUCAAUUAACUAUAUAGUUAUUGAAUAUUUAAUAACAUUUUAAAAUGGUAUUGUACAUGUUAAUUUACUCAGGUUGCUAGAUACAUUUCGAAUUUUUCGUCAGUGUUAAGAGUUUAAUAUAAUACAUUAUUCAGAUAGUGGAUUGACGUAUGAGCCGAGUCACGUGCACAGUGAUGUUGCAGACCGCCGACCGCUAUAUAAAGUGUAUACCUACUAGUUAUGAUAGUUACGCUGUGUAGUUGAACCCACCUCACGCAUGGCUAGAGUAAGACGUACAUAAUCAGGAUUAUUUGCUCAAGCGGCAAUCUAUAUCGUAUCGUAACCAUUGAAUCUCAUGACAUUUCUGCACACCGUUGUCCUCCUUGACACUUAGACGAGGUGCAAAGUUGUUUGUUGAUCAUUUUUAUAGUAAGCAAUUGUGUUAUAUGGUGUGAAAUGUCUCACCAAUUAAAUAGUGUUUGACAUUUAUUUAUUGAGAAUUUUAUUUUCUUACGGAAUAAUUGAUGCUCAUCUGCAAAUAUGGCACGAGAAGCGAGCAUGUAAUUAAGUUGCAAUAUACUUGUUGUUACGUCUUAGUGUAUGCAUUGCUGAAAUUGUGCCCUUAAUAACAAAGUAAUGAUUACCCUGAGUAUUAUGUACCUUAGUAUAAAAAACGAUGCAUAUACUUUUAAAUAUUAAAAACGUGGUACUUAAAUAUUUUAUUAAUAUGUUUCAAAUAUAAUGCGAAUGUUAAAGUAUUAAUUAAUUAACUCAUACAUGACAAAUGCUAAUGACGGAUAUUACAAAAUAUUUUAAAUUU